CCCAACGUGCUCGCGUGUGUAUCGUGUGUUUUUCAUACAACAACAUUACGUUUGAGUUUUAAACAAUGUCCUCGGUGACUGAUCCCCUACGACUGAAUGAUAAUCCAUUGUUCAAAGAACUGAAAGAUGGAUUGCCCAAGAGUGAAAAACAGACGAUGAAUAUUCUUGAAAUUCGAGACGAUAUUUUAUACGUUUGGAAUCCAGACAGGUGUUGUGUUUUUACGCUCAAUGUUGCCGCUACCCGAGGGAAAACCGGCGAGGCAGUUGCAUUUCAAACAUUGAAGCCAACAGAUCCGCCAAUAUUCGAAAUCACACAUUUGCUGAUCAACGAGACCGCAACCCAACUUGCGCUCUGGGGAAAUCUUGGAAUAGUCGUAGUCGAAUUGCCAAGGAGAUGGGGCAAGGACAAUGCCUUUCAAGGUGGCAAGAAAGAGAUCUCUUGCGUGAAUCACAAUUUGACGGGGUAUAGUUCACAGUUGGCGUCUACUGAAGUCAGGAGAGUCAGGUGGCAUCCGGGGUCGGCUAAUAAUUCACAUUUACUUGUGCUUACGUCGGAAAAUACUUUUCAAUUAUACGAAUGUGAAUCGGGCGAAACUACAAAAUUGAUUAGAAAUUGGAAAGUGGGACCGACACCCUCACUCUCAUCCACAAAGAUCAUCGCAAAUGUUGAAUCCCUCGGGGAGACAGCUGUUGACUUUGACUUCGCGACGCCAAUUAUGAAAUUGGAUGAUGAUUACCAUGGCAAUGACGAUUGGCAUAAGAUCCAGUGGCCAAUCCUAGUACUUCGUGGAGACGGUGAUGUUCUGAUGGUCCACGGCAACAUUCUCUCUGGGAGUUUGACGAAACCAGACGUCCUGGGUGCAUUGACCAUGUACCCACCAGUUGCUGACAACUAUGGACUAGAUUCCUGUUCAAUAAUGUGCAUCCCAACGACUCCUCCUGUUGUUGUCAUUGCAACAACCACUGGGAAGCUCUAUCAUGCACUUUUAAUGCGCGAACCUGAGGGAGAGGCUGACGAUGAAAAGAGCUGGUCUCAGUAUGGGUCCACAUACAGUCUACACACGCCUGAUGAUGCAUUGUUUGUUUUUGAAGAAGUGGAAAUGGAGCUUGGACUUCUGUUCACUGCUACUGAUAAGAAGUACAGGUGCCCAAUUAAUUUGCACAGAGAUAAGGGAAAUAAAUUGAGAUAUUUCUGCUCACAUAAUGCAGGGAUUCACAUGGUAACACUACCAAUGAUAACACAAUUGGAAGAAUAUGUCAAUGCUAGUGAAGAAAAUGCGGAUCUCAGUUUACCCAGUUCUCUCCUCCCCUCAAGUACCCAGUAUUUACUCUGCACAAGAACAAAAUACUCAGGACAGGAAGAAGCUACGCCUGUCCUUGGAUUCGGAUUACUCCAGCAGCCGUGUUCAUUAUUAAUUGCACUACUCUAUUCAGGUGUUAUUGUUGACUUAUCAGUAGUUGACAGGGAUUGUUUCCCGAAAGUUGAUCAUCUAGAACCAGCAGUCAGUUCAAGUAAAAAGAUGACCAGAGAGCCUUUCGACAUGUACAUCAGGAAUCUUCUAAAACAUGACUCGGCCUCCCAGCCGAUCACCAAACUUGGUACAACAACAAAACUCUCCGGAAAAGAAUAUUUGGAGCUUUUGUAUCGAGCAACUCAUGUAUUCCGUUCUAAUUACUUCGUGAAGCACGAUAAAGUGCGUGCAGAAAUUGCUAAAAAAGUUCGUGGCUUGAAAGAUUUGAAGAAUCAUCAGCUGAAGGAACUCGAUCAUUUGAUGGAAACUAGGAAAGAUCUGCAAGGAAAAGCUGAGCAAUUGGCUGAACGUUACGAGGACAUCAAAGAUAAGCAAGAAGAGCUAGCGAAGAGAGCUGAAGAGGUAUUACGUCUAGUGAAUUACAAGGAACUAUCCAGUGCCGAGAGAGCUGAUGCCACUGAACUAAAAGAUUUGAACCAGAAAGUAUCGAAGGAACUCGCUUUUCGUCUGGAGCAAUUGAAGAAGAAAGUCGAGCAGCAGAGGAUGCACAUGGAGGCCUUCAAAAAAGACGAGAAGAAGAAUUCAUAUAUUCUUAGCGCAAAGCAAGAAGAAGCUAUCAAGAGUAAUAUUGGACAAAUGGGAAAGAGCAUCGCUAACAUGAUUGCUCAAGUGAAGGCCCUCGAAGACGAACUAGAUAUUUGAAUAUUCUCCCUUCAUCCAUGUUUCAUUGAAUUUAUUGAGAAUGUCUUACAAUUACUUUCAGUUUUAUAAUAAAGAAUUACAUUUCCAUUUUCGAAUUUA